ACAGACGGUUGCGCUGUUUUGUGCGUGUUUUACAUAAUAAAUCAACAUCAGACAUUAAAAGGAGAAUAUCAUUAGCAAAGCAAGCGUUCCAUAAUAAGAAUCGAUUUCUUACCAAUAAACACCUGAGUAUUGGAGUACAUAAGUACGAUGAGAUAUUUGUUUGGAGUGUGCUGACAUAUGACAGUGAAACAUGGACAAUGAACAAGAAGUAUAGAAGCAAACUGGAAGCAACGGAGAUGUGGAUGUGGAGAAAAACGGCAGAGACAAGAUGGAUUGACAAGAUGAGAAAUGAGCAAGUAUUAGAAGAAGUACCGACAAGAGAAAAACAGCUGAUGAAGAUUAUUGAAUCAAGGAAAUUAAAGUUAGUUGGGCACAUCAUCCAACACAACGACUUUAUAAUCGACAUUUUGAAGGAAAAAUAA